AUGGCCCGCCAUAGCCCAGAACACGACAUCGGCUCCAACACCGGCUUUGGAACCUCCAAGAAGGUCGCAAGUGGCUUGCUCCACUCCGUAUCGACGCUUGUGGCUUCGUGCUCCAAGCAAGCCAGCCGAGUUUCCAGCAAGUUUCGUACAAAGGUGAGCCACUCGAAAAUCUCUCCGAAGUCGCCGUUGGCGCGGCCCAAGCAGCUGCUGACGAGUAUAAGCAACAAGGCGAUUCCUUUUCUGCAUAAGAAGAAAGGGGGCGAACAGUUAGACAGCAAAGAAGUUGCAGAGGAAGGGUUCGGAGACGGCGGCGUGUGGCAGAGGGCGAUCCUGAUGGGGGAUAAAUGCCAGCCGUUGGAUUUCUCUGGCGUAAUAUAUUACGAUAAUAAGGGGGAGCAGCUCCAGGAGCUGCCGCUCAGGUCGCCGCGUGCGAGUCCGCUGCCGAGUUACGCUUUUCGGAAGUGAAAGCAGCCGCGGGUGAGUUGGGUAGUAGUUCAACGUUCAAAUUUAAAAGGGGUAGUGGGAUUGGAGAAACAAAAUCGUAGGGCAUGUGAAUUUAUUUUCUCUUUACCUGCUUGGUUUCACAUGUAUGAUGUUGCAGCCUAGCUGGGAUGUUGGAAAGCGGUUUUUGUAGUUGUGAAAUGGAUUGGGCAUCAUGUAAGUAGGUUUUUAGCUUUGUUUAUUUCUUUUGGUUCCAAUUUACAAAGGGUUUGUAUUUCCGAUUUCUUUUUAUUUUCAUAAAAUAAAAUAAAAGGUAUUUACGCA